GGUCCGAAUUGCCAGCAGCCAGACAUGCCACCAGAGCAAUAUGCCGAGAAAGAACGGGCUGUUUUAGCAAGCUUGCAGGUGAAUGAGAAACAGCAGAUGGAAAUUGAGAAGGCUACUCGAGGACAGGCUGAUAAUCCUACAUGGCAUUUUGAAAGAAACAUGCGCCUAACGGCGUCGAAUUUCUAUGCAGUAUGCCGAAGGAGGGAGUGGACACCGUGUGACACGCUCGUGAAGACCCUGCUCUAUAAGAAAAAUUUCACCAGUGCCGCUCUUGAGCAUGAAAGACAACAGGAACGUGUUGCACUCCGGUUAUACGAGCAAGAAAUGGAAACUGCUGUGCAACCUUGCGGAUUAUUUGUUUACCCAGAGUACGGAUUCUUGGCGGCGUCGCCAGACGGAUUAAUUGCGAGCGACGGUAUCGUGGAGGUGAAGUGCCCAUUCACUGCGAAGGACAUGGAGCCAUCCAAGGCAGCUAAAAAGUACAAUCAAAGGAGCCAAGUACACGAACCACCCAAACUGAGCUGCUCUCAUAACUAUUUAUACCAAGUGCAAGGCCAGCUGCAUAUCACUAAAAGAAGUUUUUGCCACUUCGUCGUCUGCACGUCGAAGGACAUCCACGUACAGCGGAUCGAAAGAGAUAAUGACUUUUGGAAAUUCAGAAUGCUUCCACAACUAAUCAGAUUUUACAGAGACUGCAUGCUACCUGAAAUUGUAGAUCCCCGUACUACGCGCAGCAUGCCCAUACGCAGACCACAGUGGAAUGUGAAAGCAAUUGAGUCACACCAGCAGUCUAAACGAGCUUCGAUGAAGAACAAGGAGGCAAAGCAGAGUGGCGACUCGGACAUUUUCCACAGCCUUGAGUCGUAGGACUGCUGGGCGCGUGC